AUGCGUUUUUUCAAAAUUUCCUACAUCGUCAUUGUCGGCGCUUUCAGCGUCUCGGUGCUUACUACUCCGGUGCCAGGCCGAUCCGGCGGCGGAGUUUUCAAUCACCGCGUUGGCAUGUCCUAUUCAAGCACCAACGUCCCUUCCGCUUACGCUCCGGACAUAUAUUGGCGCCAAAGCAGCAGUGACGGCAAUGACGAGGCGGACAUCAGUUGCUGGACUGGACUUCUUUACCAAAUUCGGCGGAAGGUGUUGGAGCCAUGUUUGCCCCGAGCAUAUAACCGCGAGGACCCAAAGGAUGAAAAAUAUUUGAGGUGGAAGGAACAAAAAGACCAUGAGGACGAGCUUAAACGGGAAGAGAAGUACGAUAGACGCGUUAUCAAAUCUUUGAUGGGGCGACCUAUGUAUUAUGACGAGGAUUAA